AUGGAAAUUUUGUUCCAUGUGAAAAAAGAGAAUGAUGGUCCUAAAGAAAUGGUUCAGAGACACGUCAUCAAAGAAAAAGAUUUUCAUGCUAAAUCUAUUAGAGUAAUGCUUGCAGUACUAGGGUCAGAUGCCGUGCUUAAAAGAGUUGAUCCUACAAACACAGUUUUAGUGGCUUACUUGCAAACAAUUGAUACCACUGUUGUAACUGGAAUUCUUUUGGAAAGAGAAGAAGAAACGAAGACCAAACAUUCGAAGAAGACUACUGUUGAUUCUUCUAAGAAACCAGUCAAGGAGACUAAAUCUACACAACUUCCAAAGCAAUUACCUGUUACAGAAGUAGCGCCACCAAAACCCGAAGUUUCAGUUAAUGAUACACCACUAACUCAAAAAGAACUCAUUCCUUUGAAGACUGGAUUUUUUCACAUAAUCAAAAUAAAAUCCAAACACAAGAUCCGAUCUCCACUUACGAACGUUGUUCGAAAGCCACAGGUUACUCAUCAGGGAGUCCUGUUUCGUGAGAUCCCAACGCAUGUUUCUCCAUCUUCAAAGAAACGAAGGGCAGCUAAUAUAGCAAAAUAUACUUCUAAGAAGAAGAAGAAGAAAAGAAAAAUCAUUAUCUCCUCUGAGUCUACUGCUGAUAAAGAUGAAACAAUUCCAAAAACUCCAGAAGCCGAUCUUCAUAAACAGUCUUCUACUUUUGUACAAACCGAUGUUAUAUCACCCGAAGAUUUGGUUGCCAAGUAA